GCACUUUUGGGUUGUUUUUUUUUCGCGUUUCACUGAUUUCAUAUCUCUUGUCCGCAUCCCAACACUAAGCAGGGCUUCCCGCGUUUCGCAUUGCGCGGCGCCACUAAAUUUAGAGCCGCGGCUCAGAAUCGACUCGCAUACAAAGUAAAAAUAGCAAGGAGGGAGACUUGCUUUCCACGCAGUUAAAACCCCGCGCAGACUUCGUCUGGGCUCCUUUCAGCUGACAGCAAAAGAGACCGAGACCGACCGACUGACUGACUGAAGACCAGCAUGUGGCCCACAGGCCCUGAACGACUGUAGCGACAGAGCGACACCUUGGACCUUUACGGAGAGUUGCGUUGGCUAACGCGAGGUUUGUAGACAAACCCCAAAAGGGAAACCCUCGGUCUGGACAAAAGACAUCAGGAUGUUGUCGAAGAAAGGCGAGCAGAGGUCGUUCGGCAACGGGCGCCUCCGAGACCAAUGGGAGAAGAGAGCGCAGACCAUCGCCGAGCAAUGCGAGCAAGAAGGCCGGCUCAGGGAGAAAAGUUCCCUCAAAUUGCUUUACUCCAAGUGGAACUAUCACUGGGCUCUGGCGGCCAACGGGGACACGAGCAAGGGCCAAACGUCCGACUUUCACGGGGUCACGUCGGAGGAAGGGGAAAAAAACAAGCCCAAAAUCAAAUUCAAAAUCGUACCUCCCCCACCUCCCCCACCCAAAAAUAAAGCGCCGGCCCGUCCUCCGGCGAGAGCGCCGCCCCAACCUCUCCUACUGAAGCGGAAAGUCCAAGUGGACGUCUUCCGCUUGCACUGGAAAGACUCCUGGAUGAGUCUGAAAGCACCAAAGUAUCUUUUUCUGAAAGCCGACGAGGCAAAAAACAAAAUUCGAGGAUUUACGAGGAUUGACGUGGUCAUCAGAGACCACAAGUACAAACCCGCGCAACGGGCAUCGCGCCCCGAGUGCACGUCCGCUCUCGACUGGAGACCGUCCUGGAAGCAGGUCAAGGUCGCGACCCCGUCGGCGAGUUCGGGGCGCAAACAAUUCCAAUGGGAUAUUUUGUUGGACAGAGAUGCCGUCCCCAAGCCCGAAAUCCAAAUCUAUCAACUUCCCGUCUGGGCCGGCACCUGGAAAAUUAUGAACUUUGCCUUCAGACAAGAGAAGCAAAAGUGGGAUGGCGGGUGGCCCGCUUUCCAACGACCUUUCCCCGACAAGGUCGACGACGCGCGGAAACCGCCGGAGCAGGUUUGGGCCGCAGCGACUUUCCCUUGAUGACGCGUAAUUGCCAAAUGAUUUCCACGCACGCCGUGCGACUUGUGUCUCACAUAGGAGGCGCCUCCGGGGUGGGGGGAAUCGUGGAGGCUUGCAAAAGCGAGCGUUGGAGCCCGAGAUCGCUCGUGGUUGGAGCUCACCUUGGAAAGGGCGGAGAUAAAUCAGGUGCUGCUGCCCGGGUGGAACGCGUCCUGGACGAUCGCCGCCGCUGCCCGGGAGGAAGGAGAAGAUCAUGAAAAGAUUUGGAGCUCCUGUUGGCCUUUCGGGCUGCAGCUGAGGUGGCGCAAGUCUUCACUCCAAUCCCAUCAAAGGCACGGCGACUUGAUGACCAGGAGGCGGAAGAUUCUCAACUGGCUCCUCACCGCAGAACUUCACCGUGCCAAUGUGGAUCCCGCCGAGUGGCGGGAUUCUUGGAGGACUCGGGAAAGAGGGAACCCGGCUGAAGAGGACAAUGCCGCAGAGGUUUCUGAAUUACUUACGGACACCGAGGAAGAGGAUGAAGGGGUGCGCGAUGAUGAAGGCAGCGAAGAUGAUAAAGAGGAAGAUGAAGGCGUGGAUGAGGAAGAGGAAGAGGAAGCGGAGGACGCCCAGCUUGAAGACAACCGAGAGGACGUCAAGCCAAAGAUGGAAACACCCAACAGGGAACUUGUUGAAAUUGAGCCCGAGGAGGACGAUCCAGAAGAUGAAGAUGAGGAAAAGCAGGAAUCGGAUGAGGACGACCAAGAGCUCGAAGAAGACGUCGAAACGCGCGAGACGAAACUGCUCAAUAAUCACAUGGACCUUCGCAAUCGGGACGAGGAUGAAGAUGGAGACAGCGGCGUGACCGACGACGAAAAGGAGGAGCGAGGAAACGCCGUCCGCGAAGCGCGAGAGUACGAGAACGUCUCACUGCAGCUCAAAGAGAUCUUCAGGAUGAUGACAAACAAAAGGGAGAAGGACCAGGAGGAAACGGAUGAAGACAAAGACCGAGCAGCCGCUAAAAGGUGGCCAGGUGGGACCGACCGGGAAGAUGGAGACCAGGCGGCUUACCUUCAGGAGGAGGAGGAAGGACAAGCGCAAGGGGGAGAAGAUCAGAUCGAGGAGGAAGAGGAGGAGGAGGAGAACCGCUGGGGCGGGGGCGGGGUCGAGGACGAUCUGGAGGAGAAAGAUCUCACAAGACAUAUUGAGGAGGGAUCUCUCGGCCAAGACCAAAGAGCCGAGGAGGUCGCGGCACUCAACAAGGAAGACGACGCCAACCGAGAGCAGCAAAACAAGUCCGGGAAGUCCAUCGCACGCAAAUCCAAGGCGCCACUUCACCUGCGCUUCCACAAAGCCAACGCCGCCUUGUCCUCGUGGACGCGCUCCUGGAUGGUGGCGGUGGCUCACAGGAGAAGCGACGGAGAGGACGAAGCCGAGCGCGACCGUGGAGAUCAGGAGGAGCUGAAGGCAUGGCGGGAAUCCUGGAGGAUGCGCUACCGGGGAAAGCCGCGCGAGGAUGAAGAGGUGUCGUUCUCCGCAGUGCACCGGCGAGUCAAAGGACUCGUGGACCGAGACCACCGCCUGCUGGAGACAAAAUGGACUCUCAGCUGGAAGAUGACCAACAGGUGUGAAGACGCAAAAUGAGCAG